AUGGCACGUAUCAAUCGAGAACAAUUGCAAAAGCGGAUUGUACAACACUACAUAAACAUAGCAAACAAAAAAAGACGAAUUAAAAUAAAGCAUUUUUUACAAGAAAAAAUUCCUCGUCAAACCACAUAUAGUAUCAUUAACAAGUACGAAGAUUCUGCCUAUGUUGGUGACAAACCAAGAUCUGGUCGUCCAAAGAAAUUGUCUCGUGGAAAAUUAACAAAACUCAAACGUCUUGUUAAUAAAAAAACUUCUUCGAAAAUCCGGAUUAUUUCGGAUUGCCACCUUAAAAAUCCGAUUAAUACACUAAAAAAUCCAAGUUUUCCAAAAAAAUCGGAUGAUAAUCGAUUAUAA